AUGGCAUCGAGGAGAAUGGAGACCAAACCUGUGAUAACCUGUCUCAAAACCCUCCUCAUCAUCUACUCCUUCGUCUUCUGGAUCACUGGGGUGAUCCUGCUGGCCGUUGGAGUCUGGGGCAAACUUACUCUGGGCACCUAUAUCUCCCUUAUUGCCGAGAACUCCACAAAUGCUCCCUAUGUGCUCAUCGGCACUGGCACCACCAUCGUCGUGUUUGGCCUGUUUGGAUGCUUUGCCACAUGCCGUGGUAGCCCAUGGAUGCUGAAACUGUACGCCAUGUUUCUGUCUCUGGUGUUUCUGGCUGAGCUCGUGGCUGGCAUUUCAGGGUUCGUGUUUCGUCAUGAGAUCAAGGACACCUUCCUGAGGACUUACACGGACGCCAUGCAGAAUUACAAUGGCAAUGACGAGAGGAGCCGGGCUGUGGACCACGUGCAGCGCAGUCUGAGCUGCUGUGGCGUGCAGAACUAUACCAACUGGAGCACCAGCCCCUACUUCCUGGAGCAUGGCAUCCCCCCGAGCUGCUGCAUGAAUGACACCGAUUGCAACCCCCAGGAUCUGCACAACCUGACUGUCGCCACCACUAAAGUGAACCAGAAGGGUUGUUACGAUCUGGUGACCAGUUUCAUGGAGACCAACAUGGGAAUCAUCGCUGGAGUGGCUUUUGGGAUUGCAUUCUCCCAGCUGAUUGGCAUGCUGCUGGCCUGCUGUUUGUCCCGGUUCAUCACGGCCAACCAGUAUGAGAUGGUGUAA